UUUUUAGGAGUCGAGAAGAUCAAAAAAAAUGUUAUCUGACGGGUUCCGAUUUAGAAUAGACUCGGCGAGAGAGCCGUGCGUGGAUAGCCGAUACGUGAUUCCGGUAACAAUGGAAGUGAAAUCCUGGAUUUUGUUCACAAAUAUCUCUAUAAUAAUACGUUUAAUCUCAGAAAUGAAUGCACUAUGUGUUGAUAUGUACUAAAUAUUAUAAAGUAUAUAUUAUGCAAGUUUUUAAAGUUGUUAAAAUAGCAAAGAUUCUAUCCCAGGCCCCAGGGUCUUGACUGGGCACCGCGCGGCAGAGUAGGACUGUAUUAGUCUAGCCGUUACUGUGUUUUUCAAAAUGGCGAACUAGUCGUCGAUGUGAAGAAGAUGGAUAAAAAUUAAUAUGAGCACCAGACAUACAAACAAAAAUAGCAAAAAUCAAUCUGAAAAAGUUGACCUUAAUGUCUGUGCUCUAUGCCUGGGCUCAGAGGAUGAUGUAGAAAAAUAUGGGAAGUUUUUUCGUUGUAGCAUACAAGAGCUUGCUGUUCAUGAAUAUUGUUUGUUCUUUGCCUCUGGUCUUGCACAAAAUGGUGAAGAUCAUGAAGGAUUUGAUGGGUUUUUACAUCAAGACAUAMAGGAUGAAAUAAAAAGAGCCAGUAAACUGCGUUGUACAGUAUGCCAUAAAAAGGGAGCAGCUAUUGGUUGCUGUGUUUUAAGAUGUUGUAGUGCUUUUCAUUUUGUGUGUGGUCUUCAAAAACAUGCCUUGUUCCAGUUUUUUGAUUCAUUCCGUGCAUUUUGUAAAAGACAUCGACCUACACAAAAGAUCCUUCCAUCUUACUCUGAACCACUACAGACCCCAACAUGUCCUAUUUGUCUUUCUGAUGUUGAUAAUUCUGACAGUUUCACCACUCUAAAGUCACCAUGUUGCAAAAAUGCUUGGUUCCACAGAUCCUGUAUACAGAAACAAGCUCUUGCUAAUGGCAUGUACUUUUUUCGUUGUGCUUUUUGCAACAACUUUGACGAGUUUCAAGAGGAAAUGAAACAAAUGGGCAUAUACAUUCCAGACAGGGAUGCUAUCUGGGAGCAGGGGGAUGCAUAUGUAGAACUACUUCAUCAACACAACCGUUGUGAUGCUGCAAAUUGUAUUUGCCCAAGAGGAAGAGAAUUUUCUGGUAGAUACAAAAAUCAGCGAUGGAGGAUUUUUAAAUGCUUUGCCUGCGGGCAGAGUGGAACACAUCGGUGGUGUCAACAACCUGAAAUUUCACGGAGAUUUUUCUGCCAGAAUUGUGUGGUAUGUUUCCCCCAGCAUGAACAAACAAAGAAUGAUACUCUUACAUCUACAGCCAGUGAAAACGGAUAUUUAGAUGAUUCCCAAUCUACUUCAAUUUCAUCACAAAACAGUGAAACAACAGCCCAAGAACUGAACACCUCAACAGAUAUGGAAAAUGCUCCUUUAAGUCAGUUGAUGGAGCACUUUAAGACUAAGAUCAAUACAAGUUAUUGCAAAGAUGAUUGCAAUAGUAGUACUGGAAGUGAAACAAUGUCGUUGUCUAUUGAACAUGUUUUUUCAUGUGCAGACAAGCAGGAUGCCAUUUCUCAUUUGGAUGAUUACACAGCUGUAGUGAGCUCUGAUGAAUCUAACUAUGUGGAUAUUGAAAACUUAAGUACAGAUUCUAGUGGUACCUUAAGCAUUCAUUCUGGUCUAAAUGCUGAGGAUCCUAAAGUUAAGACCAAGGAAAGGAAAAGAAAAGCACUUGUAAAUCAGUACAAAGAUGUGAGGCAGAGAAAUACAUCUAUAAAGCCUAGAACUAAAGCACAGAGAAGAGCUAAAAUAGAAGAGGGUAAAAAGAGAGCACAACAAAGAGAAAAGGCCCAAAUGGAGAGGACAAGAAAGAGUCUUUCUGAAAUAUCAACCAAGUCUAAAACAAAGAAGGAUUCAAAGAAGGAUUUAACAAAGAAUGAUUCAGAUGCUACAAAAAAUGAUUCAGAUGACUCAUUUUGUCUUUUUCUCAGCCCAGAAUCAGAUGACCAAAAGAAUGAUUUGAAAACAAAAUCUCCAAACAAGACUGAAAAGAUACCUUUACUCAGCUUGGAAGAAGAUUGCAGUGACAAAUAUACCCUUGAUGGAUUGUCUUCAAAAACACACUCUAAGAAAUUGGCUAGCAUAACAUCUUGGGAAGAAAAGUAUGCUCCUGAUGGGAAAAAACCCAACGGUAAAACUGGAUCAUCUUUGGAGAGUAAGUUACAAAUUGAGACUGCUUCGAUUUCAGCCACGUCUUCUCCAUCUAAGAGUAGUGAUGGGGCUGAAAUGAGCAUGGGAAAGAAGAAUAAUUUUUUUCAAAGAGACAUCCGUAGCAUGUUAAUAUCUCCAAACAGUGACUCAAAAAGUCUUACAAAGUCCCCAAUAAAACUUGUUGGAGAUCAAGGUUGUCAAACUGAACCGCUGAAGCUUCGUAAAGGGAAUAAACGAAGGAAGCUUGGUGCUAAAUUAUCUAGUGAAUACAAAUCUAUAACAACGUUUAUGUCAGUAAAUGAAUCUUCUCCUAAAAGGAAAUUGCCCAAAGGAAAAAUGCAGUGCACUACCUUAAACUCCCAUCCUGUUGAUGAUGAAAUGGAAACUGCUUCAUCUACAGUGUCAAGCUCAAUCAUAGAAACAAUGACAGCUGCAAAAGGAAUGGUGAUGCGUGCUCUGAAAAGACUUAGUGGCUCUUCUGAGGACAUUGAGGAAACUGAUGCUUCUAUUCCGAGGAAAUCCCCCUUUAGAGAUAUUGGCAGUAGCGAUACUGAAAGCUGGAAAAGUGGACCCUCUAAGGUCAAGGAUCAAGUUGAUGAUGCUUUAACACCUUCUGGAGCAAUGAGAGAAUCUGUAGAAGACACAGACUCUGACAGCUCUGAUAGCAUCAAGGUGGUGAAAGUAAAGAAAGGAAGAGGUCCUAGGCAUAGAGUUAUUCCACUUAAUGUAAAAAAAUGUAUUGUUCCUAGUUAUAUCCAUGAAAAAUUUUGUGCAUGUUACAAUAUUCAUGAACGAAAAGGAUUGGUUCGAAGUAGACCAAUUAAACCCUUAGUUCCUAAUGAAGUGAUAGUGAUAGAGGAUGAAAAUGAUGACCAAGAUAGUGGUAAAGGAAGCAGCAGAGAUACUAGUGAUGCAGGGACAAAAUCUGGUGACGGAAGUGGCUCAGAAAAUAAAGAAACCCCUAGCAAAGAAGAUAAUGAUCAAGACAAUUACUAUUAUAGUAGCUGUGAGGAUGACAUUUCGUUUGAUGAUGAUGACAGCAUAAGUGAUCGAAAAGCAAAAUUGAAGUUAGACUCCUCAACAAAUGACAUUGAAAACAAUCAAGCUGUAGCAAAAAAUGUUGAUAGACGUAGCUCCUACCAAUCUGUCUCCAAGGAACCAAACACUAGAACCAAAGGAGAUGGCAGAAAAUCUUCUAAAAGGUCCAAAACUAAUGUCAAAGAACAAGCAGCCUAUGGAAGUAGUUUUUGUCAAUCAGGUAAUUCUGAUGAACUAGUAGAUGUUUCACCAACAGUUUUAACCAGAGAAUCGUUGGAAAACUCCUAUAAUGCUGAGAAACUUUUUAGGAAUCAUAAUGACAGUGAUGGUACAUUUGAACCACUUGAUGAUGACCUUAUAGAUGAAUGCACAGAAAAUGACUUCAAAGGGGAUUUAAGAAAGAAAGGAAAAUUACACAGCUCUAAGAAAGCUGCCACUCAGGGACAGAACCUAUCGCCAUUGUCACAGAAAUCAAAGUCAAAUUUUACAAGCAAGAAAACCAAGCCUCUGGAAUUAGGUAAGAAAAACUUUUUAAGCUUACAAAAGUACAUGGAAUGUAGUGAUGAAGACUUUCAGUCAAAGAAAAAAUUGACCUCAAGUUCAAAGGGCAUAAAAUCUACAAAGUCAACUGAUAAGGAUCUAACGAAGACGAGAAAGAAAAAGAACACAACUACAAGAGAAAAACUAUGCAACUCUAGUUGUACAUCUACAGUAUCAACAGUUACAGGCAAUGCCUCAUGACAACAAGCGUAUAUAACUGUACUAGAUAAUAAUUAUUUUAAAGCAGAUUUCAUGUGGCUAGUGAAAAGUUACAGUAGUUGGGGUGCUGUGUUGGAAUAGUAACAAUAUUUGUAUAAAUGUUUUUUUUGUAAUAUUGGAUUGCAAGCAGCAAUCCAGAGUAUUCUAGUUUGAUGAGCGACAGUCUCUAAUAAUUAUUAUGAGAGUGCAUUGAGUGUGAUUGAACGGGUGAGUUGUGUAGUCUUCAGAAAGUUAAUCACUGUUGUUGGUAAAGAUGAUUGUUCAUUUUUAUCUUCAAAAGAUUAGUUCCAUUCAGGUCGUCAAAACAUCACUUAGCACCAACAAUAGUUUACGACAGUGCACAAGUCUUUCUGAAGAGUACUUUCAGCCUGGAGAUGAUCACACUCUCCAUGUUCAAAUUUUAUACUAAUAUGUAGUACUUUUCACAGUCACACGGAAUCAGCUAUAUUUAUAGUAAGAGCUAAUUUCACAAUUGCUAAGUGCAUACAUGGGUGUGAAUAAUGUCAUUCACGACUAACUAUACAUCAGUUCACUGGUCAAACACAGAGCUCUUAAUUGAGGCCUGGCAUAAUCAAUUGAAUGAUUCAGAAAUCAAAUUUAAUUGUACACCAUCAUGAUUAGAUUCGAUUGCAUUGGGUAGUUGAACAAAAUCGUAUGCUAAAAAAGAUUGUGAAUUCGAUGCUUUUGAUUACAAUUAUUGUACAUGUAUGUUAUUUAAUGUACAAUCGAACGUAAUUGAAUGUGUUCAAUUGGCUCCAAUUUUUUUUGUGGAUUCAAUUUCAUUUGAUUGCCGAAUGCAAUUGAAUGCAAUCAUUCAAUUGGAUUCAAUGGAAUUGAUCCUUUGAUUUCGUUCUAUUGAUUACGCCAAGUUGAGGAACAUCAAGCAGUUUCAACCUUCCAAGACUUUUAAGCUUUCCGUGUGAAUCCUUUACUUUUAUCAUUCUUGACCAUGACCAAAUUUGUGGCAAAAAUUGCAACUCAAAUUGCCUGCGUGAACAGGCCUUUACCUUUCAUUAUUUGCUUGCAGUAAAGGAUUGGUUGAUAUUUUCAUACAUUCAAUGUGGAAUGAUCAUCUUCUACAUUGAUUAUUCAUGUGAAUUUGGGAAAGGUCUGUUAGAACCAGAAUGUCAAAGGUAUGAAUGGACACAACUAAAAUGUAUAUAGAAAUUUAUAGCAAUUAUAUCAUUUACCUUUUUGUUCAUUUUACUUGGACCAUUAACUAACAGAGUAGAAUUAAUAUUUAUUAGGUAUUUCUGUGUUUGUACAAUAACUAUUGAUAUAAAAAGUCAUUGUUUAGAUCAUAAUUUGAAGUUCAAAGAAAGACCUCGAAGUACCUGGAACAUACUAGUCUUAUGACCUAACAUUGUUGUCAAGGUCAGGUCUGUUAGUCUCCUACACAGCCGCUGAGUGAGUGUUGCGUGACGACACUAAUAGAGGCUGUGUAGGAGACUGCAGGUCUGUAUGUUAUAGGUAGAAAAAAUUUGCAUGCUAAGUAUCUAUUUGGUUAAUCCAGACUCAGUAAAGACAAGUGUUUUGGGGUUUCCUUACUCGGCUCUAAUCUCUGUGUGCAUCCACAGCCAUCCUGAAACACUUGUGUUUACUGAGUCUGGAGGGGAAAAUGGGACUGCUCAAAGUCUACCUGGAUUUACCAAUUAGAUGCUUAGUACGUAAAAUACAGACCUGACCUGGAUAAAAUGUUAUGACGUUAGAAGUACAUUGUUUAUUCACUGAAACUAAUCCUAAAGAUCUAGCCAUUCCAAGCACAACCAAGAAAGUGCAGUACUUGAAGAGGAUCAGAAUGAAAGUGAAAGAAUGAAAGRCCAUAAAACUCUACCAUGUUUCUUAUCAGUGAGUAACAAUUUUGUGCUGUUUUUAAUUGGUCAUUCUACAAGCAGCCUCCACAAAAUGAUCAUUCAUCACCUACAGCUGUACUGUAUUCUGAGCUCUUAAUGCUGUUUGUCAACAUCAUGCAUCUGUACAGUGUCAUUUAAUCAAGUUCGAUAUGCAUUAUUUUUGCCCUAAAUUUUUAUCCGAUAGAUGUUAUCCAAUAAGCAUGUACUUUUAGAAAAUAUUUGAAACUGAUUAUUAAAGAGAUUUGGAAGAGAUAUGGAAGAGAUGUACUGGAUAUGCCAAUUGAUAAUCAAAAUAAAAUAACUUUUAUGAA